AUGACAGAUUGGUGUCUUUGCACUCUAUUCACUUGGGUUGUCUAUUUUCUUGCAGUAGUUGUAGUAUGGAACAUUGUUAGGUACAUUUUGGAAUUGAUCCCCGAAGGAGGAUCCAUUCAUGAACGUGCCGUUUUCAUUACUGGAUGUGAUACCGGAUUUGGAAAAGAACUUGCCAAGAAGUGUGCAAAGAAUGGUUUCAUGGUUUUUGCAGGGUGUCUCACAACAGAGGCAGCCAAAACGCUAGAAGCAGAAGUUGCCAAUCCACGUCUCAAAACUGUUCCUUUGGAUGUGAGCAAGGAUGAGUCUGUAGAGAAAGCAGCAGAAUUCGUGAAGAAAUACUUGGGAAACCACAAACUUUGGGGAGUAGUGAAUAAUGCGGGUAUUUUCUCUUGUUAUGGACCAGAUGAUUGGUGUAGAAUGAAUGACUACAAAUUGGCGCUCGAUGUGAAUUGCCUUGGAGUGAUUCGUGUUACUCAGGCAUUCAAAAAGUUGGUGAAAGCAGCAAAAGGAAGAAUUGUAACAGUAACAUCUGUAAAUGGAAGACUCUCCACCCCAGCUGCUGGUCCAUAUGUGGUUUCGAAGUUUGGUGCAUCUGCCUACAUGGAUUGUUUGAGACAAGAACUUUACAACUUUGAUGUGAAAGUGAGCAUUGUGGAGCCAGGAAUCUUCAGAACACCACUUCUAGAUGAACAAGCUAUGCUGAAAAGAGUAGAUCAUGUGUGGAUGCAAAUUGAUGAUGAGACAAGAGCAGAGUAUGGGGAGAACUUCAAAAACUAUUUCGCCAAAAUGUGGAACAAAACAUACAUCGCAUUGAGUACCACCAAGAUUCACUAUGUCGUUGAUAACUACUAUCAUGCUCUGACAGCCAAAUACCCACGCCAUCGAUAUUACUGUGGAUGGGAUGCAAUUUUUGUUUACGUUCCAUUGUCCCUUCUUCCAACUUGGUGGACUGAUUUCAUCGUCCGAAAUCUCGGAAAACAAGAAGUCCUUCCUGCAUGUUUGGAAGAGAAAAUGAAGAAAAACUAA